AUGAACUUAGUUGAAGAAUGUUCAAUGAUUACAUUAUCUCUAGCAACAGAGGAAUAUACAGAAACAGAUCAGACGAGUAUUUCUCCUAUGGCCGAUGUCAAAGUGAAGAAGCCCAAGAACCACAGUAAAGUUCCUUCUGAAACAAAUGAGCAAGUCAAACCUCGCCGAAGAACGUCUGGUGGCAAAAUGGUGCGCAUUCCUUUUCCAGACGUUUUGCCUCCCAUUACUGAGGUCCAUCGGGACACGUUGCGUUACUGGUGCCAACUAUUAAACCUGAGCACAGACGGACAGAAAUCAGACCUGUAUCUGAGGGUCCAGACAAAUGCAUUUCCCGAUCAAAAGACAGAGAAAAGGACCUACAUAGCCGAAGUGGUCACAUCAUCUGAGGAGGCCAUAAUGGCAACCUGGACAAGAAUUUCUUCAACAGCAGCUCAGCCUAAGGCUGUCAAUUCAUGUCGUAUUCCUCCUGCAGCUGAGACCUUUUUGCCGAAAGUCGUUGGUGGUAGAUGGUGUGUGGUCCAUGGCCGAGUUCUCCCCUCAGACGUAGAUGGUUGGGUUCAUCUGCAGUUCCACUCAGGUCGUGUCUGGGUGCCAGACAGUCCUCGAAAGAUGAUUUCUCUGUUAAUAUUACCAGCCUGUGUUUUUCCAUCUCCAGAAAUAGAAGAUAACAUGCUGUGUCCUCAAUGUGUUCAGAGGAAUAAGAAGCUAAUGAAAAGAUUACUAGCAUUGGGGAAGAAGACUAAGAAGCCUGAUGUGAACAGAGCAACAUCACUUCUUUUGGAAGGGUAA